UAAUGUUGUCAAAAUAAGAUAAAUGGUAUCUAUCGAGUUAUCGGAGAUUUCAAAAAGCGUUACUAUCGACAAUACGUCUUAGGAGACUAAGCAUUAAAUAUAUUUAAAAAUGCCGAAUAGAAUAAUUAGUAAGGUUUCGCGACCUCCGUUAGAUUUGGUCGACAUAAUUCAUGAAGUGGCUAAAAUUGCUAAGAUUGAGGGCAUAAAAUUUUCAAUUGGAUUUGGCAGUGAAGAUGAAAUGGAUUUUAUUUUGGGUGAUGUUUAUAAAGUGACUAUACGCGGAUACAGGGACGGACAAAGACUUAAAAGACAAUUUGUUAUUAAAUGGAUUGCUGAUCCCGAAAGACGAUAUACCUUUAGAAAUCUGUACAUACGCGAUCAUGCAUUUUACAAUUAUGUUGCACCAAAACUGAUUGAAAUUCAGAGACGAUUUAAAAUUGUUGAAGGAUUAAAAAUUUCGUUUCCAAAUUGUGUAUUUUCAAGAAAAGAAAAACAUAAGGAAUGUAUGGUGUUUACCUGUAUCUUAAGCCAGGGAUAUGGAUUUAGUAAUAGAGUGCAUAGUAUUGAUGUUGAACAUUGUUCAUUGGUUAUAAAGUGUUUAGCCAAACUGCAUGGAUUAUUUUAUGUGUUAAAGCAUACUGAUGAGAGACAAAGUAAUUUCAUAAAGAUGAUAUAUCACAGUGACGUCCAAUAUAGUGGUAAAAUAAAACCAACGUCGAAUUGUAUUUUCAAUUUUUAUAAUGAAUCAGUAUCUGUUGUAAAGGAUCCCAUGGCUAAAAAUAAGCUAAAUAACUGUGCUGAAGACAUUUACAACAUAUUAUGCAAGUGUGUCAUUCCCGAUCGAUUUAGUACCAUUUGUCAUGCUGAUUGUUGGAGUAAUAAUGUGUGCUUUAAAUAUAAUGGGACCAAACCAAUAGAUGUUAUCUUAGUUGAUUACCAGAUAAGCAGAUUUGCGUCACCUGUGACAGAUCUAUCUUACUUUUUAUAUAUGUCAACCGACGAAGAACUACUCGAAAAUCACUACGAACGAUUGAUAAAUUUGUAUUAUAAGACACUGUCGGCUGUACUCAGGCAGUGCAACGUAAACGUGAACGAAAUAUAUCCUGAGGACAUUUUUCAAGAACACCUAAAAAAAUAUUCGGUACUGGGUCUAAUUGAAGCCCUAAUAUCCAUGAAAAUUAUUACAGCAGAAUCUGAAGAUGCUAUAGAAAUGGCGAAAAUGCGAUACGACAUUGUUAAAGAAUUGGCUUGUGAUAGCGAAUCGCAGAAUGAGUCUUUAUUUGUGAAGAGGGUUAAUGGUGUUGUAAAUGACUUUUUUAAGCGUGGUUACUCAUUAGAUGCAGUUUUGGAGAAAUAAAUGUAUUUUAGAUCACGUUAUAUAUUUUUUUAAUU